UCGUUGAUAAUGAAGGUCGCGAGGGGGAAGGUCGCGAUAAAUUUCAGCCCUGCGGCGAGGCUAUACACGCUAGCAUCGAGCCACAGAUGCACCUUUGGCCUCGCCCCAUAAUUCAAUGGUAUCAAUGAACCCGCAAACCCGUGCCUCAGCAUAAGCUGUAGGCAAGUCUGCUAUGUAUCUACGGUCAUUACUGGUCUUAAUCGGCGCUGGAUUAACGUCUUUUAUUUCGCCGGUCCAGGCGUCCGAAUACCACGAACAAUUGCUCCUCCGCCCCCUACCACCGAGCUCCGUCCUCGCAUCAUUCAACUUCCGCGCGAAUACCACAGCUGAGGCCUUUGAACUGAAGAACUUUCGCUACUUCCCGCGCAGUUUGGGGCAGAUCUUACAGCAUGCAAACACAAGAGAGCUUCAUUUGAGGUUUAGCCUGGGACGCUGGGAUGCUGAGAGUUGGGGCGCGAGACCAUGGGGAGGGGAAAGAGAGGGAGGAACUGGUGUAGAACUAUGGGCUUGGGUGGAGGCAGAUAACGAUGAGGAGGCCGAUGGCCGUUGGCUUACUCUCACGAAUGCGCUUUCUGGUCUCUUCUGCGCCUCCUUGAACUUCAUUGAUUCAACUCGCACUACACGGCCGGUGAUGUCGUUUGAGCCACGGGGCGACCAUAGCGAGGCGUCGCUACAGAACCUACACCUCCUUCACGGGACAUUGCCGAGAGAGGUAGUCUGCACCGAGAACUUGACGCCGUUCUUGAAGCUCUUACCAUGCAAGGGCAAGGCAGGGAUUAGCAGCCUGCUAGACGGACAUAAGCUAUUCGAUGCGAGUUGGCAGAGCAUGAGCGUUGAUGUUAGACCCAUUGAGGGUGGAUUGGAGAUUACCCAGACGAUUGACAUGGUGUUGGACAUUCAGAGGUCGAAGCGGCCAAGAGACAACCCAAUCCCACGUCCAGUUCCGUAUCAUGAACUCAAGUGCGAUACCUCGAAGCGAUACAGCAACGACCACACGUGUUUCCCGCUCGACGAAGCACAGGGUGAGGAUUGGUCUUUAUCCCAGAUAUUCGGACACCCAUUGAAGGGUUCAUGUCCACUCGCCGAGGAAGAUGCUGAGUCAGUCUGCAUCAAUAUCGAUAACGAUGCCGAGGUUUACACAUCGGGCAAUGCUGUUGAACGCAAAGACGUCUCUGGUUUCAUGCGCUGCUAUAGACUCUCGGACGAGAUAUUCGAGCUGAAUUUACCAGCCCAACACGCAAAGCCAACGCCUUUUGAGCAGCCAUUACUCUACGCCGAUCGCUCUUUUAACGGAUAUGGCCAAGAGCGAGGAGGAGUUCAAGCUAUACUCAAGAACCCCUCGCCCACCGAGACUGUGGAAAUCAUCUACAUGGAAUCAUUGCCGUGGUUCAUGAAAGUAUACUUGCACACAUUGAGGGUAAAGGUUAAUGGCGAGCCAAGUGACCUUAUCAAAGAGAUGUACUACCGCCCAGCGCUUGACCGACAGCGUGGUACACAACUUGAAAUUAAAAUGGACGUGCCAGCAAACUCGACAGUUGUUCUCAGUUAUGAUUUCGAGAAGGCUAUUCUGCGGUAUACAGAGUAUCCGCCCGAUGCCAAUCGCGGUUUCGAUGUACCAGCGGCAGUCAUCAAUAUCGGGAACACGUCAAUUCGCACCACCUCCCUGCUACUACCUCUUCCCACGCCAGAUUUCAGCAUGCCGUACAAUGUCAUCAUAUUCACGAGUACAGUCAUGGCACUUGCAUUUGGGUUCGUCUUCAAUCUCCUGGUGAGGAGAUUUGUGGGCGUGGAUGAAGCGGAGACGCUUGACCUCAAAAGCGUUAGGGAAAAGGUGCUAUCGAAGUUCAAACUCCUAGCAAACAAGGCCUCAAAGGGAAAGAAAGCCGGAAAGACUGAAUGACACACAUGGGUAUCUAAAUCAGAAAUGAUAUAACGUAUUUCACAGAGGAGU